CAGACUGCGCACAGAGCUUGUCGCGCGGAAUAUUGGCCGAAAUUGCCAACGAACUCAAAUAAAGAGACGUCACGAGACCAUCAAAAGAGGCUUCAACGGUCGAGAACACCGCAGUUGUAACAUCAGUUUCCCUGAAGCGCUCAAAUCAUCUGGGCAGGAGCAGCCAUGCCAUUUGGCUGUUUGACUCUGGGACCGAAGAAGGAUUACAACAGUCCUUCUGAGGUCACUGAUAAAUAUGACCUGGGACAGGUAGUGAAAUCGGAGGAGUUUUGUGAAAUAUUCAGGGCGAAAGACAAGAACACAUUGAAAAUGCACACCUGUAAAAAGUUCCUGAAGAAAGACGGGAGGAAAGUACGGAAAGCAGCCAAAAACGAGAUCCUCAUUUUGAAAAUGGUGAAACAUCAUAACAUCCUCCAGCUGGUCGAUGUCUUUGAGACGAGAAAGGAGUACUUCCUGUUUCUGGAACUGGCCACGGGCAGAGAAGUUUUUGACUGGAUCUUAGACCAGGGCUACUACUCAGAACGUGACACCAGCAAUGUGAUGCGGCAAGUGCUGGAGGCUGUGGCUUACCUCCACAAUCUCCACAUCGUUCACAGAAACUUGAAGCUGGAAAAUCUUGUGUACUACAACCGCCUGAAGAAUUCCAAAAUUGUAAUCAGUGACUUUCACCUGGCCAAACUGGAAAACGGUCUCAUCAAAGAGCCAUGUGGCACACCAGAAUACCUUGCUCCAGAGGUGGUUGGCAGACAGAGAUAUGGCAGACCAGUAGACUGCUGGGCCAUUGGUGUGAUCAUGUACAUCCUACUUUCAGGAAACCCGCCUUUUUAUGAUGAGGCAGAUGAUGAUGAUUUUGACAAUCAUGAUAAGAAUCUUUUCCGGAAAAUUCUAUCUGGAGACUACGAGUUUGACUCGCCCUAUUGGGACGACAUCUCCGAUUCAGCAAAAAGCCUUGUUGCAUGUUUAAUGGAGGUGGACACAGACCAAAGACUGACUGCACAGGAAGCCAUUAACCAUGAGUGGAUAUCUGGUAAUGCCGCCUCAGACAAGAAUAUCAAAGAUGGCGUUUGUGCUCAGAUAGAGAAAAACUUUGCUAAAGCCAAAUGGAAGAAAGCUGUGCGUGUGACCACCUUGAUGAAAAGGCUCAGGGCCCCAGAUCAGAGUGACUCUGGGGCUUCUAGUCCUGCACUAGGAGCCUCAGGAGGCACCACCCCUGUUCCCCUGGCUGCCACACCAGUGCCUCCCCGAAGCACCUUGGUCAUCCAGGAUAAUCCAGAGGGACAGGAGGCCUCAGCUCCAAUACGGUGUAAUGGAGAGAUGUUAACGUCCCAGCAGUUUAGUGGGGAGACAAGGGAGGAAUAGAAUAGAGGGUGACAGAGAUCAGAGCAAUAUAGAGACAAAUUGAACAGCUCCUAAGCAGUACAUAUAAAUUCAGAUUGACAUCUAAUGGUGAAGCUAAAUUCAAUUGUACUUUUAGGAGCUUGAUUGCCAUUUUCAUUUGUGUGAAAAUGCUGUAAUCUAGAAAAACGUAAAAAA